UUUUGAGGCGUUGCAGACGCCGACCGCUAUCAGCCGUGCCGUUCGUUUAGUACUGCACAGCGCCAUGGGAAAGUACAAGCGGAUGAAAUUAGAUCAAACGGAUCCACCAUCGCAAGAUUUUACAGACUCGGAGGAUGAUGGUGAGAAUAAGGAUAGAAAAAGGAAAGCACCGAGAAGUUCAGCCAAUGCCCGAGAAAGGGCAAGGAUGAGAGUAUUAAGUAAAGCAUUUGUAAAAUUAAAAACAACACUUCCAUGGGUACCCGCUGAUACAAAAUUAUCCAAAUUGGACACUCUAAGAUUAGCUGCCUGCUACAUAUCUCAUCUCAGGUGCUUGUUAAAUCCGGAGAGUCCUGUCCAGGCAACUUCGCCAAGAAUGCCUAAUCCAUUAUCAAUGACUUGGCCCUUUUCGUUAAAUGGCGAUCAGAAAACGGUACCUCAAACGAAAAAGAAUUCCGUCAUUCCUCCAUCGAAGGCAUGUGAAUCUCUUGAUUAAGCCGAGAGCCUUUAUAGACAUUUUACAAUACUAUUCAUACAAAAAAUUAUACAUAUUCAGUUAAUAUAUCCUGAUAAAUUUACAUAUUUAAUGAAAUUUACGAAUAUAUAUAUAGAUAUAUGUGCG